AUAAAACAGAUGACUCAUCAAACUAAUAGCCACACAAACGUGCAAAAUUUCCACUUGAACUGUCCGCCUUCCCCCGGCGGACUCCAUGACACACUUCCACUUCACCAUCAUCGGAUAAGCCUCUCAAUUCACAUCACCAGACCCAAAAAUAUCCAACACCCAAUUCAAUAAAAAAACAAGUAAAGACACUAACUUUCUCAUAAAAUCAUCAUAUUUAGGCACUUGUACCAUCUUGCUAAUGAAAGUUAACCCACAAAAGUCUGGCAAAAAGAUACGUUUUUUGGAGUCUGCAUGAGUAUUAGUCAGGAAUUUUAUUCUAAUUGGUGCUUCUUCAAGUUUGGGUACUUGAAGUUGUUGAAGUUAAAGCUAUGGUCUCAGUUUCGCACACUCUCCCUGUCCAUCCCAAUGUUAAUGUUAAUGUCUUCUCUAUACGGAAAGCGUCUUUAUCGGCGACACCGCAUGCUUCUCGAAUUCGCUAUCGCCUCUCUACUCGCCGAUGGUUGAGUUUUGGUCCUGCUUCACUUUCUUGCAGGUUCAGCAAUUUAAAUUCAAGGUGCUCAAUUACAAAUUCUGAAUCACAAUGCAGCUCUGUUCUCACUGAGGAUGAGGCUCCACAACAUGUGUCAGAAAUUGAGCCUGAUUGUUCAGCUCCUAUUUUUCAUAUUAAAUCAGAUGUCCUUGAGUCUCAACCUCUCAGUUUACUGGUUGAAACAACUUUUGUUGAUAGUCUCUUGACGGCAUUGCCUGUUUUGUCAGAGGAGGAACAAAAUGCUCUUGCGGCAACUCCAGCCCAUCCAGUUGGAUUAUAUGCAUUUUAUGCCAGUUGCCUAGCUGGAAAUUUAGUGGAACAACUGUGGAACUUUGCUUGGCCUUCUGCUAUAGCUCUAAUUCAUCCAAGCCUUCUACCAGUGGCUGUCAUGGGUUUUUUCACCAAGCUUGCAAUAAUUGCUGGAGGUCCUUUGGUUGGCAAACUUAUGGAUUAUUCUCCCCGGAUACCUUCUUCAAUUGGUCUAAAUAUAGUCCAGGUGGCUGCUCAGUUGUUGUCUGCAUCUAUGAUAAUUCAUGCACAUACUGUAUCUCCUACUUCUGCAUCAUCCAUUCUUCUCCAUCCAUGGUUUCUUGUACUUGUUGUAGCAGGGGCUAUUGAGAGGCUAUGCGGAGUAGCAUUGGGGGUAGCUAUGGAGCGUGAUUGGGUUGUGCUGUUAGCAGGAAUAAAUAGGCCAAUAGCUCUCGCGCAAGCAAAUGCUGUUCUUAAUCGAAUUGAUCUUCUGUGUGAGAUUGCUGGGGCAUCAUUAUUUGGCAUUCUUCUCUGCAAGUAUGAUCCUGUGUCCUGCUUGAAGAUUGCUGCUGGUCUAAUGAUAUGGUCUUUACCGAUUAUGAUUGGUCUGACAUUGUUGACGAACAAGCUUUCUACUGGGGUUCUUGACCACACUAGAUCUUCCCAUGCCUGCUGCAGAGAAUCAACUGGAGGAGCUAUGGCUGGUGUGGACAGCAUAGUGGAUAGAGGUCUGGAAACUAUCAAGCUUGGGUGGAAAGAAUAUUUGCAGCAGCCAGUUCUUCCUGCAAGCCUUGCCUAUGUUCUGUUGUACUUCAAUGUUGUUCUUGCUCCAAGCAGUUUGAUGACAGCAUUUUUAACUCAGCGUGGAGUUAAUCCAUCUAUUGUUGCGGGAUUCAGUGGAUUAUGUGCUGCCAUGGGUGUUCUAGCAACAUUCCUGUCUGCAUCCUUGGUCAGACAACUGGGCAUUUUAAAGGCCGGGGCAGCUGGUUUGGUAUUUCAGGCUUCUCUUCUCACGUUAGCUGUUGCUGUAUAUUGGAGUGGAUCUCUUUCCCAGCAGAGUCCCCUUCUCUUUUUCUUGGGAUUGAUUGUUGUUUCAAGGUUAGGACACAUGUCAUACGAUGUUAUUGGUGCACAGAUUCUCCAAACUGGGAUCCCAUCAUCUAAAGCAAAUCUUAUAGGGGCAACAGAGGUUUCUAUUGCAAGUUUAGCAGAGUCUGUAAUGUUGGGAGUUGCAAUUAUUGCAAAUGAUGUCUCACAUUUUGGAUUUUUGGCAAUACUGUCAUUGUUAUCUGUGGUUGGGGCAGCAUGGAUGUUCUGGCGAUGGUUGUCGAAUCCAACAGAUGAACAAAGAAGUCUUUUUGCCUAUGAGUUUAAGUUAUAAUUGUUAGUUUUCUGUUUCGAGUUAACACAAUGCAAGGCCAUUUAGGUAUGACAGAAACCACGAUUUUGCUGUUGCCAGAAUACAUUUGCAGCAUCUGCAAGUAUCUUUGUACAAGAAGCCCGAGGUACAUCUUUUUCUAGCAUUCACUGCUAUGGGUCACAAUUUUAUAUAAUUGCAUAACAUUAUUGUAAAUCCCUCUGUUGUAUUAAAUCGGGCCAUGUAGAGUGACAAGGUUGAAAUGUCAGGCCUUUGCUUUUUUACAAACAUUUUCAACAAAAUUUGUACAGCAUUUGAUUUAUUCAAUUUCUACCUACAGCAAUCAAAUCUUUUGCUUCAGGUAUUCAUCUA